GAUGCUGUGGCCGAUGCUAUGGUUUCGUUUGACCCACUCGCUGUAAAAUAAAAUUAUAUUCCGUGCUUAAAUUUGUUUGGAUAUUCCAAACGAACGAACUAUGCGAUCGGAACGUCACAACAGCUGACGAACAAACAAAUAGUGAUUAUCAGGCCGUGUGUGGAGGUUUGGGGAUAAGCUGAUUGUGCCGGUUGAACGUUUUCGGUCGAAAGCAAGCAGCAACCAUUGGAAAGAGUUUGGCAAUCCGAUUUAGGCGCAUCAGUAGGGGUGCCACAGGAUAAUUGCCAGAAGCCUCAAAAUGCGUCGCUUCCGUACAUGUUUUCCGGCGGUACCGCGUGAACUGCUCAACUGGUUCCCGGGCCAUAUGGGAAAGGGCAUGAAGCAGAUGCAACAGAAACUGAAGCAGAUCGACUGUGUGAUCGAGGUGCACGAUGCACGUAUUCCGCUAACCGGCCGCAACAAAGACUUUCGCACCACGGUUAGCGGUAUCAAGCCACACAUCCUUGUGCUCAACAAGCAGGAUCUGAUCGAACGGCGGACUGCAGAUGCGAUACUGCAACGGUUGAGGCAGCAGGACGGCGAAACGGAGAACAUUAUUUUCACCAAUUGCAAAAACCAGAACUGCAGUGGUGUGAGGCGGGUGGUUCCGCUCGCUCAGGAGCUCAUCUGCGGCUCGGACAGGUACAAUCGCGCCACGGAGAAGGAUUUCUGCAUCAUGAUCAUCGGCGUGCCAAACGUGGGCAAAUCGUCCCUGAUUAAUGCGUUGCGGAACCGGCACCUCCAUCGGAAGGGUGCUAGCCAGGUCGGUGCGUUGGCCGGAGUAACGCGGAGCGUCCUGAACCGUAUUCGAAUCAGCCAAGACCCAUCGGUUUACCUGCUCGACACGCCCGGCAUUCUGCAGCCGAACAUCGGCGACACAGAGACGGGGCUCCGGCUGGCAUUGGUAUCGUGCUUGCAGGAUCAUCUCGUUGGCGAGGAGCUAAUCGCGGACUAUCUGCUUUAUUUGCUUAACAAGCAGCAGAAUUUCCGGUACGUCGAACUGCUUGGCCUAACUGAACCGACCGAUUCCAUUGCGGAGGCCCUAGUUGGCGGCGCCGUGCAUCAUGGCAAAACGAUCCGCAUGAAGCAGCUGGACGGCACAGUGGCCAUCCGGCCCGAUGUCGUCGCAGCGGCCAAGCUGAUGCUCAAGGCCUUUCGCACCGGUGCGCUCGGGAGGAUAAUGCUGGAUGAAGAUAAAAUUAACGUGAGAUAGUAGUGUUGGUGCCCUAUUGUGUGCUUGGUAGAGUGUGAACAUGUAGGAAUAAAACAAACUAUAGAAGGAAUAUAGAAACGUAGCAUAAUUAAAUCCGCCUG